AUGGAUUCUGAUCGUGGCCGAAUAGAUAAGUACAUAAUAUUACGCACCCUUGGCAAAGGUUCCACAGCCACUGUAAAAUUAGCAUCAAACAUAGAAACAGGCGAAAAAGUUGCACUAAAAUUAAUUAACCCGGACAAGCUAUCUUCAAUGAGAAUUGAAUUAAAUGCAUUGCAGCUCGUACCUGAACAUCCCAAUAUAGUGAAAUUAAUAGGAUUUUCGAAUUCCUCCUGAUAUUUUCGAACUGAAGGAAGAACCAGGCUUGUAUCUUACAUUGCCUUAGAACUAGGCAAAAACGGUGAAAUAUUCGACUAUGUCCAAAAACUUGGAGGCUUCCCAGAAUCAAUUGCUAGACGUUACACUAAGGAGUUAAUUUCAGCUGUAGAGGCUUUACAUAACUCUGGGAUUGUUCAUAGAGACUUAUACCUUUUCAAGUAUUUAUUUAAUAAUAAAAUAGAGAUUUAUUAUAAUUUUACAAUAAAUUAUUUAUUAAUUUUAACAUAAAGCCAGAAAAUAUUUUUUUCUCAGAGAACUUUGAGCUCAAAUUGGCUGAUUUUGGGUUUACCGCACCUAUUAAAGGAAGAAAUGGGAUGGGACUUUUAGGGACAUAUAAAGGCACAAGACCUUAUAUGGCUCCUGAAAUUUUAGAAAAAAAAAGGUAUAGAGGAGCACUUACAGAUAUAUUUUCGUGUGGGAUUAUUAUUUUCAUAAUAGUUGUCGGAAGACCACCUUUUUUCAGAGCUGAAAGACAAAACCCUCAUUUUCAGCACAUUGUAAAUGGUAUAGAUUGGGCGCUUAUUUUGGAUUCUGUCCUAAAAAAAUUAAAAAUUUCAUUUAUAUGACUAACCAGAAGUAAAAUUUGCAAAUAUAAAAUUGGUCUUAAAUUGCCCAAUUUUAUUGCAAAAAUGCAAAUUUUUAUAUUUAGUGAGCUUUUCUUAAGGAAUCUAAAAGGGUUCAUGCACUAUAAUUGGGAAAGAUUUUGAAAUUUUCAUAAAAGUGCUCCGAAUACUCCAGAUUUUUCGACUGAAUUUAGAGAUUUGAUAGAGCAUAUGCUUGCUUAUAAUCCAGACGAAAGAUUUUCUAUUGACCAAAUAAAGAAUCAUUCUUGGAUAAUUAAGGAAAGUGCAAGCUUAGAAGAAGCACAGCGAUUUUUGUCGGCUGGGUCUGAUGAUAUAUUGAUUACAUAAUUACUCAGAUUUCAAAGUUAUACUUUCUUCUGCAGGGAGUAAUAUCAAAGCCUCCAUUUUAACUCCCAGUUGAUGGCAUCGGCAGCCAUCUUGUCCAGCAAUCAUUCUAGAAGACCCCAACAAAAGAGCCAGAAAGCCUGGUCACGUUCUCGCUCUAGACUUGACUUCUUCACGUCUUUCGUCUAAGGGUCGCCCCCUCGAGUGUAUAAGCAGCAAAACUCCUAAACGUCCUAAAAUCCUGGACUAAGUGGCUUACCUUAUAUAAUAAACCAUAUUUGGCAUUGUGGAAAAAGAUGCAAAUCCGCGGAGGAGUAGCCAUUUUUUUUUAUUAUUAUGGGUCUGAUAUUUCAGAAAGAAAUGAAAGUUUCGUAGAAGGUAGUAGGAUUCAAGUAGAAGUUAAUAGGAAGAAAAGCGAAGAUUGUGUUUUAUAA